CAGGGGGAGGUAUCGAAUUUUGUCCAAUCAAAAAAAGGUGCCUUGUCUGGGCUGCAUUAGCAUGUGGGUCUGUAAAUAGAGCGGGCGCGAGGCGGGCGCUAGUCAUUUUCUGUUCGUAUACUCGAGGAGCAGCAUCAUGCCCGAUCCAGCCAAGACCGCGCCCAAGAAGGGAUCAAAGAAAGCCGUGACCAAGACGGCCGGCAAAGGAGGCAAGAAGCGCAGAAAGUCCAGGAAGGAGAGCUACGCCAUCUACGUGUACAAGGUCUUGAAGCAGGUGCACCCUGACACCGGCAUCUCAUCCAAGGCCAUGGGCAUCAUGAACUCCUUCGUGAAUGAUAUUUUUGAGCGCAUCGCCGGUGAGUCUUCUCGGCUGGCUCACUACAACAAGCGCUCCACCAUCACCUCCAGGGAGAUCCAGACCGCCGUGCGCCUGUUGCUUCCCGGCGAGUUGGCCAAGCACGCCGUGUCCGAGGGCACAAAGGCCGUCACCAAGUACACCAGCUCCAAAUAAAGCGCGUUACCGCCAUCUUCAUCAACCCAACGGCUCUUUUAAGAGCCACCCACUUUUCAUACAAAGAGUAAUUUCCUCUCUUUCGCUUUCUCUCUCGCUGUGUGUG